AUGUCUUCAGGUUUAACACGAUUGAUCGUUCAUCCCAACGACUACCCAUGGGGUAAAGUAGGAAAUGAUAGUUUGGCAGCUAGGUUAACCAAGAAUGCUUCUGAGAAAGGAUUCGAGAUUAAGCCUGAUCAACCUUAUGCCGAGUUAUGGAUGGGAACACAUCCUACCAAUCCAGCUAAAUUGUAUACUGAUCAAACAACUCUUUUAUCAAAAUAUAUAUCGUCCAAUCCAUCGUUAUUAGGUUCAUCAAAAGAUAAAUUUUCGACUCCGUUCACAGGUAAAAAGGGAUCUGGAACCGAAGGACAAGUCGAAGGACAUGUACCAUUUUUAUUUAAAGUGUUGACUUGUAAACAAGCUUUACCACUUCAAAUUCAUCCAAAUAAGGAUUUAGCUAAAAAAUUACAUGAGCAAGAUCCUGAGAAAUAUCCAGACGUAAAUCAUAAACCUGAAAUCGCAGUCUGUUUAUCACCUUCCUUCCUAGGUUUCGCAAGUUUCAGACCGUAUGAUCAAAUCAUUUCGUUCCUUACCACUACCCCAGAAAUCAAUUCAUUAUCUUCGGAAUUACAAGACAAAGUGAAGACGUUCGUUUCUUCUCCAUCGGGUGAUAAUCUUCGACCUGUCUGGGAAGCUUUCUUGAAACUCAGCGAUGAUGAGAAGAGCGUCAAAGAAUUUACUGAAAGAGUGGAGAAACAAGGUGUUGAAGCGUUCAAAGAAAUGAAGGGAGAAGGAUUCAGUGGAAAAGAGAAAGAAAACCUCGUUGAAGCUGUCAAAAGUUCCGGAAAGUAUUAUCCUGGUGAUGGAGGGUUAUUCAGUACUUUAUUCUUCCUGAAUCUCAUCGAGUUGCAAAAGGGCGAGGGAAUGUAUGUUGGUGCUGAUGGCCCUCAUGCUUGGCUGGAAGGAGAGAUCGUCGAAUUAAUGGCCCUAUCCGACAACGUCCUUAACGUCGGAUUCACUCCUGAUGAAGACAAGGAUGAUCCAUCUUUAGUAACUAGCGUAGUGAGCUGUACACCCAAAACACCUUCAUCACUCAAAUUAUCCUCUUCCAAAUUCUCCAAAUCAUCCACUGGAGCAACUACAGUAUACUCAACUCCAUUCGAAGAAUUCAGUAUAUUGAGAAUUGAAGGUGAUGACGAAUUGAAGUCGUUCGAUGGACCUGCUAUAGCUGUGAUCUUGGAAGGAUCAUGGGAUAUAUCAGUUAAAGGGGAACAGCAUCAAAGUGAAGAGCAAGGAAGUACUUGGUUCAUAGGUGCAGGAACUGAAACGUCUUGGAAAACAAAGUCGCAGAAUUCAGAAGUUUGGAUAGCUUUUUAUGACGCUAAAGCUCAAGGUGAUGAAGUUGGUGAAAAGUAA